AUGUCUGUAGCAAUCUCUGGCGGCACUGGUGGUCUCUGCUGUGAGCUCGUUAAAGUAUUUGCAACUCAAGGCACGCACGAGGUCGUUGUAUUCACGAGGAAGGUUUCAGGAAGGCCCGGAGGCGCAGCUCCCAACAUCCAUUUUGUGGCUGUCGACUACUCAAAUAUUGACUCGCUCGUCUCUGUCCUCGAGAGGUACAACGUCGACACCGUCAUCUCCACCGUCAAUAACAUCACCGGCGAGAACCACGCAGAGUUGAAUCUCAUUGCGGCCACCGAGAGAAGCAAGACGACAAGAAGAUUCAUAACAAGCUACUCUGGUGUUCCAUAUCUACCUGAGUAUGGUUUCUCGACGCUGCCCCCGUAUCCUGCAGAUUCACCGGUCUAG